AUUUGGGAGAUGCGAUGACGGUUCAACAGCAAAAAAAGUUCUUCUUUGGUAUCCAAACACUGCCAUGGCUCAUAUAAUACCGAAUCCGUUCAAACGCCAUGAAGGUGCCGCAGGCCAGGAGCCCAAAGGACAACAGCAGGAUGCAUCGCUCACGACCAUCCUCGCCACGCGAGCUCAGCGUGCCGAUUUUACGCUGCUUUUACACUCAUGCACGGCAUCAAUGCGCAAGAUCAUUACCGACACGUUCGACCCACGCUACUCUGGCCUUCCAUCAGAUGCGCGCUUCGACAAUGCCUUGUCGCACGGUAAAGACCUUGAUCUUUCCAAGGUGGAUGUUGAGGAGCUGGACAAGCAGCGCAAAGCGGCCGAAGAUCGCAUCAAGGAACUGAGCAAGGAGGAGAUGCAGGCGCUAAAAAGGGAGGCCCUAUCGUUCUUCGACAAAUGGCAGGAGAGUGUACUGGGCAGAGUCGGGCAGGUGUUGAACGCAACAGAUGAAAAGAACGAGGCGCAGGCCAGUCCUAAGAUGGAGGACGCGCAGCAGGUGGGCGAGAACAUGUUGGACGAGAAUUUGGAGGCGCCCAAGUCCUCCGACACGAAAAUCAGCGAGGGCGACAUCAAGACGGACAAGGAGAGAGCAGGCGACCAGCCGUACGACGAUGGCGGCGUAGACAAGGCCAUCAAGUCCAUCUACAGGCCGAUAGAUACUCCCCUCCUUGAACUAGACAUUGAAAAGAGGCGCCUGGUCCUUCAUUCGGUCAUGCUUCUACUUUUGAGUCUGGAGCACUACAGUGCCCACUCACAUGUUUUGCUGCUUUAUUUGGCGAGCAGCCUUCAGGUGCCGGUUGCUUGGCUCACUGAAGACGAGGGAAACGUGGCACGCGGUCUUCUCAAGGCGGCAGAAAACAUGAAUGCCGACAAGGAGACGAAGAAGAAGGCGGAAGAGAACGCGUCAAGUCGGAAGUGGAAGGUCGGGCUGGCCAGUGUGGCUGGAGCCGCAGUCAUUGGCAUCACAGGCGGGCUUGCCGCACCACUUGUCGCGGCGGGCAUUGGGACGGUCAUGGGUGGGUUGGGUCUUGCUGAAACGGCGGCGGCCGUAUAUCUCGGCUCCGUGGCAAGCAGCGCGAUGGUCGUCGGCGGCUUGUUCGGCGCCUACGGUGGACGCAUGACGGGCAAGAUGAUGGAUGAAUACGCAAAGGAAGUCGAGGAUUUUGGAUUCGUUCCCAUUCACAAGUGGUCAAAACCACGAAAGAUUGAGAAGGAGUACAGGCGUCUGCGCGUCGCGAUUGGUAUCUCGGGAUGGCUGACGGAGAAGGAGGACGUUGUCAAGCCGUGGCGUGUGCUCUCCCCGAGUAUCGAAGGCUUCGCUCUCAAGUACGAGAUGGAGUCCCUUCUCAAAUUGGGCAACGCCAUCACGGGGAUCUUGAAAACGCAGGCGUGGACCGUGGCCAAGCAUCAGAUCAUCAAGCGCACCCUUUUCGCCGCGUUGUUGGAAGGCAUGUGGCCGCUGGCUCUGCUGAAGGUGUCGCACAUCGUGGACAACCCUUUUAGCGUCGCGAUGGCGCGCAGCGACAAAGCUGGCAAAGUUCUGGCGGAUGCGCUGAUUAACCGGGCACAGGGCGAAAGACCCGUCAGCCUGGUCGGUUAUUCUUUGGGGGCACGUGUGAUAUAUCGAUGUCUGCUCACUCUCGCUGAACGGAGGGCCUUUGGACUUGUAGAAAACGUGGUCCUACUUGGCUGUCCCGCCACGUCCGAUUCGAUUGAGUUUAGAAAAAUGCGUUCGGUGGUAUGCGGGAGGCUUGUCAACGUUUAUUCGGAGAACGACUACAUCUUGGGCUUUCUGUAUCGAGCCACAGCUGCCAAGUAUGGUGUCGCAGGUCUCAACAAGGCAGAAUUCGUCAAGGGCGUGGAAAAUGUCGACGUGUCCGACAUUGUCAGCGGGCAUUUGCGUUACAGAUACCUUACAGGCGCCAUUUUGAAGCGAAUCGGCUUUGAGGACGUCGAUCUGGAGGAAGUGGCUCUCGAAGAAGACGAACUUGCCGCCAUUGAAGCCAUUGAAGAGAAAGAAGCCAAGGAGCAUAGGAAGAAGUAUGCAGAGGAUGGCAAGGAUGCGGAUAAGGAGGCAGAGGAGGUGGAGAAAGAAGUAGAACAUAAAAACAAAGCGAGCAUGCUGGACUGGGCAACAGCAAAGUUGAGCCUAGGGAGUGAAAAGGCAAUGGCGUAUUGGGGAAGUUUGGGCAGUAAGGAAGAGGGCGAAAAGACUGAUAAGAAGGAGGGAUCAGGAGAGGAUACGACGAAUGAUGCUAUGAGAAAUGAAAAGCCGCAAGAAUAAAUAUAUACGAUACAUGGUGUUCAAGGCAAGAAAAGGAUAUGAUCACGGCCGUCUAGAAUGUUGAUAGAGGCUCAAGCUGGAAAGCGAGUGCCUGUCUUGUGAAGUUUACUACACUGUACAUCAUUCGCAGACACUGCCGAAAAAAAAUAAAGAGCCUCAAUAUACG